AUGAAACUUUUUUCCUUUUUCGCCGGUUUUCAAGCAAUCAGCGCUCAGACUUCUGACUGUACGUUGGAAUCCUUCGAUGUCUUGAAGAAUGAUACGACGACGGAUUAUGUCAAUUGCGAUGGGGGUAUCCUUAAAGUCUCGAUUCCUGAAUGUCUUCUUGAGAAUAGCGGACUUGACAAAACAAAAGUUUUACUCGGUGACAAGAACUCUACAGCUCCCGAUACAAGAUGUAAUGGCGCCGUUGAAAAUGUCAAUGGAACCGAUACUGGCAACUUCAUCUUUGACAACUGCGCUCAUGUCGCCCCAACGCUGUUACCUGAUCCAGAAAAUGCAAAUAAAACCGAACUCGUUUUUCAGACGAGUCUCUUUACAGAUGAGCGAGCGGACAAAGUCAUCGGGGAUAUUUCAAGAAAAUAUGGCCUGGAUCUCGACUUGAAAUGCAUCGUCAAAACGGAGCAAACCCUCUCUCUCGGCGACAAGGCGAUUCUUACAAAAGAAAACUACCACAGAGUUGUUCUCGAAGACAAGGUCGGCAACUUCGAGGUCAGCGUUGGUGUUUACGACGAAGAAGGGAGUGUCAGUUUUGAUGCUCCCGUCGAUGCGACUCAUGUUUUUGUCAUUCCGAAAGAAGUAUUUUUGCAAUUCGAAAUCGAAAAUGCCGGAACGGACUACGAAUUGCUCGUUAAACAGUGCACUGCCACGUCCUUUGACAAGACUCACAUGAUUAUCGACAAUUACUGCCCGAUAAUGGACAAUGGCGUGGUGGAGGACGAUACAGUCGCUUUUCUCACACCAAGCCCUCCUUCCAAAACCCGACUGAAAUUCGCGUCCUUCAAGUUCACUGACCAGGAGGACGAAAUUCCGAUCGACAUCGAGUGCACAGUCGUCAUCUGCGGUUCUUCAAGUGAUUGUACCCUCAAUACGGCCUGCGGUUCAACCAGCAUUCGGCGACGACGAUUUGCGCAGACGGAAAUGGAAGUGACAGAAAGCCACAUUGUCCAAGCACGAAUCAAUGUCUUCUGA